GUAUCAUGUAGCUAUGACGUCGUUCGCAUUCGCGCCAUCGCCGGACCCUUGAAGUCCACCCCCGUUGUUACAGCACAUUGGGAAACCACACUCAAACAAUUCCCAGACCACAGAAAUUCUUUGCAUCAACAAUGCCAUCCCUCAACCUCACACCUCUCGCCUCCCUCCGCCUCUCUACCCACCUCAUCCCCACCCACUCCAACAUACCCAACACAGCACCCCACUCCCAUCCCCUGUUCAUCUACCACUCGGCCUAUCCACCGUCCACCUCCGCCUCAACCUUAGAGUCACAUUUGCCCUCCAACGGCCUCACCCCACAAUGGCGUUACACCAUGUACUCGACUACCCACUACCACAGCACGACCCACGAAGUCCUCUGCGUGUAUCAGGGCCGCGCAAGAUUGCUCUUCGGCGGCGAGCAGAAUCCUGGCAAAGUUGAAGCUGAGGUGAAAGCUGGAGAUGCGGUUGUGGUGCCAGCGGGUGUGGGACAUCGCCUGCUAGAGGACUAUGGAGAUGGAGGGGGGUUCAUGAUGGUGGGGAGCUACCCUGAGGGAUGCAAUUGGGACAUGUGUUAUGGGAACGCUGAAGAAGGAGAGAAAGCAAAGGUUGUAGAGAAAGUUCCAUGGCUGAAGAGGGACCCCUUGUACGGGGACGACGGGCCGACCCUUUGGGGUAAAGAGAAGCUGGAAGGAAUCAAGGGCAAGAGUGAGCUGUGAGAGCUUCAAGAUCCAAGAUACCAACGUGUAAUGCAACAAGAUUUUGAAUUGUAACAAAGGCCGC